UGCAUUUUGUGUAUAAUCCAACUGCCAACGUAGCACCAUCACAGCAGACCGAUCAUCCCGCCCCCGCCGCCAUGUUCGCGUCCAAGCUCGGCUACAAGGGCGCGCAGACGCGGUUCAACUUGCUGCUGCUUGAAGAUGGCGAGUUCUUCCUCGAUGAUUUUAGCGUGCAUCGCUAUCUCGAGCCGAAUCCGGACACGCACCGGGGCGACUGAAGAUGUGCACGCGCGGCUUCUUUUUCGAGCCCCAGGACAGUAAUUUGCCCAUUUUGAGGUUCUUUUUCCGCGAUAUGAAGGAAAUGCCAGUAGCGGAGAUACACGAGCAUCCACAGGCCAGCGACUGUGCUAUUUUCCUAACGUUUAAGGUCUCGUCAGUGGUGGAGAUGAAGGAGAGAGGAGUCGACCACCCUUACGUACAGAAGGAGACCAGCGCGGAGAGCUCAGGAGUUCCAGAGAAAUACAUCUUCUCUCUACUACACUCCAAGAUCGAGGAGUUCUUGAAGAACGUGCGGCCGAUCUGGGAGCUCGCACACAAGAAGGGAGUUAUGAACAAGGUGGACGAAGAAGCGCUACUAGAACCGGUACUAACACCGAGACAAACGGACCAGUUCGAUUCGAGCUUGUUGGUGGAUUUCCGGGAACGUCCAUUGCUGACGAAAGGCAAAUUGGUCGACCGGAUUGUGCCACUACUGAAGUAUCCAGGCUGUUUGAUGCUGACGAACCAGCGACUAUAUUUCCAGCCGGCGCAAGUGAAUAACGUUGGAGAUCCGGUACUUAACUGGGCGUACAAUACAAUCGAGUAUUUGUACAAACGACGUCAUAUGCUCAAGCAGACUGGACUCGAAAUCUUCCUCAAGAACGGCGAGAGCUUCUUCUUUAGCUUCAGAAACCACGUUGAUCGGGAUGAAGUCUACGAUAUGAUGGUGAAUCAACCGGAUUUAAAGCACUUACAGCAGACGGAUCUGGAGUCGAUGCUGCGUAAGUGGCAGCAGCGUGAAGUGUCGAAUUAUGAUUACUUGGUGUAUUUAAACAACGCAGCUGGGCGCACUAAGAACGAUCUGACGCAAUAUCCAGUGUUUCCGUGGGUUUUAAACGACUACCAGAGUGCAUCAAUCGACUUGUCGGACCCUGCAGUGUAUCGUGAUCUAUCAAAACCCAUCGGUGCGUUAAACGAAGAGCGUCUGGAGUUCUAUAAAGCACGAUUCGAAGCGAUGCCGCGAGGGAUGGAGGAUGAGGGAUUGCCGCCUCCGUUUUUGUAUGGCACACACUACUCCACCCCCGGAUACGUGCUCUACUAUUUCGUACGCAUGGCUCCGGAGUAUAUGCUGUGUCUCCAGAACGGCAAGUUUGACGCCCCAGAUCGACUCUUCCAGAGUAUUCCGAGCACCUGGAGCAGUUGCAACACGAACCAUGCUGACCUGAAAGAGCUGAUCCCUGCCUUCUUCGACGAUUCCAUGUCACCGGAAGAGUGGCUCUGCAACGGAAAGAAUCUUGACCUCGGAACCACGCAAAAGCUAACAAGGGUUGGCGACGUUGAGCUUCCUGCGUGGGCAUCAAGUCCAUCUACUUUCGUUCGAAUCAACCGGGAAGCUCUGGAGAGUGAAUACGUCUCAGAACACCUUCACGAGUGGAUCGACUUGAUCUUUGGUUGUAAGCAACGUGGCGAAGCUGCCAUCGAGGCUAACAAUUUGUUUUACUACCUGUCAUAUGAGGGCUCUGUGGAUCUCGAGACGAUCACGGAUCCAGUGGAGAAGUGCUCGUUUGAAGCCCAGAUCCAGGAGUUUGGCCAAACCCCGAAGCUGCUGUUCUCUGGUGCACAUCCUUCUCGUAACGAUGUCGGUAAAGCUGUAGCAAUCGCUACACCCGAUUUGAUCCCGUCGCCACGUAAGCUCGAGGAAUCAAAUGGCGCAGCUAACGGUUCGUCAGCCAGUGAAGUCGAGACUCGCACUCGAGAAGACAGCGUUUUAGGCGAGAACACAUCCUAUGACGAGAUCGAAGAGGAAGAUAACACCACGGGCAAUCGACGCAGUAUGUUUGCAUUCCGGACUCGCUCGUUUGGCGCCGUACCGAAGCAAGCGCAACGCUUUGUGGGAGGUAUUACAGCUCAGCUUCGUCGCCGCAUGAGUGCGGAGUCAUCUAGACGCUGGAAUUGGGCGUUUGGGACGAACAGCGAUGCUUCUUGGGCACCGUCAGCGCACUACAUGCUGCAUGCAGGCGAGGUUACUUCGCUGGUUCUGGGGAAGGAUGGGCGUGCGUUAUUCUCAACAUCAAAAGACUCGACUUUCAAGGUUUCAGCAACUCUGGACGGCACGUUACGACGUAAUUUGUCAUGCAAUCUGGCGCUAUCCUGUUGUGAUGUGUCGGCCGAUGAGAAGUAUGUCUUCGUUGGAUCCUGGGACAACUGCAUCUACAUGUAUUCUAUGGACGUUGGCCGAGUGAUCGACCAGAUCACAGCUCAUGACGACGGUCUGUCGGCUGUCUGCGUCUUUGAAGAUCGCUUGCUUUCGAGUUCAUGGGAUGGAUCAAUUAAAAUGUGGCACUAUACACCGAAAGGGAUUGCUACAGCUCCUUUGUCGACAUUUAUGGAAUGUGAAGAAUCCGUGGUCAAACUCGCUGUAAGUGCGGAUGGCUCCACGGGUGCUGCCGCUACAAGAAAUGGUGCGUACUCAGCGAGUUAUUUUACACCCCUCGUACUGAUUUAUAGUAUUUAUUUGUUCUCGUAGGGAUCGUGUACCUGAUUGAUUUGCGCACAAACGAGUUGAUCCGAAAACUGUUUGCGAGUCCAGUACACCAGGCAGAAAUCUGUGGCUUGACCUUCUGUGGUGGAGCGUCCACUAUUGCCUGCAUGAGCACAGCGAACGAACUUUCUGUCUAUCAAACGGAUGGCACACGAAUGGUGACUGUCAAUGUGAACGCGGAUGGACCUGUCCGAUGCUUCGACUCAGACGGAGAAUACGCAGUUGGAGGAACGUCUACAGGCAAGCUGCUGUUUUGGAAACUUGAUGAACCUACAGGUCAGGAGCAAGUGCUGGAGAUCCCGGAAGCACACGACCAGGGCGUGUCAGCGCUUACUGUUAGUCCUCAUGGCUCCACGAUUGUGUCGGCAUCUGCCGAUGGAGGAAUUCGCAUCUGGCAGCUACGCCGCAAGACUGCUUCUCGUGGCCGUCUCCCUGCUUUCUUCUAGACCACGUGGAUACGCCGGUGAAUACGCUAUCCUGGACGUGCUCAAUCAGUUUGAAUUGCGGUAGAUAUACAUAUGUCAAUGUUUAUUCUGUUUAGACUCUUGGGUUCUUAUUGGGAAUUGGGAUGAGCA